AUGCCCUCUGACUCUUUCAAGGACUACUAUGCUGAUCUCGGGCUCGAACUUAGGGCUUCGGCUGGAGCCAUUAGGAAGGCGUUCCAGGAUCUUGCUAAGAAACACCAUCCAGACAAAUCAGGUAUAGCAGACGCCACGGUCUUCCGCCGCGUCCGCGAAGCUUUUGAGAAGCUUUCAGAUCCAGAGUAUCGUGUUCAAUACGAUCGCUCCUACUGGCGCAGGAAGUUUCAGACCGACGACAUUCCGACUGAGGAAGAGAACCGCAGUGCAGGCGAAGAAAACUUUGGUGACACACGUAAUACAAGUCAUGGCGCUGAGACUCAAGAAGUCCGUAGCGCAAGUCCACCGCCUGUCAAGCCGCAACGCAAGCCUAACGAGUCAAGUUGGCAGUACUUCUUGGGCAAGGCCUAUACCACAUGGCAGAAGGAGGAGGCCGCUUACCGUGUGCGACACCCUGAAGUGUACGAGAGGUAUGUAGGCCUGUUUGCUUCGUACCUGAUAUAUCUACUAAAGCCUUUCCUAGUCCGCUCAGCAGUGGCCCACCUACUCCCAAGCCUGGAGGUAUGGCACAUGGCAUGGUUGUUCUGA